AUGGAUUUUAUUGAUAACCAAGCAGAAGAAUCAGAAAAUGACGAUCAUUCUGAUGCUUCGGGCUCAGAGGUUGAUGAACCAAAACCGAAGAAAAGGAAAAUAAAAGAAAAAAAGAGCAAAAGAAUAGAAAGCUCUGACGAUGACGAUGACGAAGAUGAUGACGAUGAGGGAAGGGAAGAAAUGAAAGGAUUUAUUGCGGACGAAGAGGAAGAGGAAGAGGAUGAUGACGUAAAAUCAGAAGAGAAAUCCGAUAAGGACGAUGAUCUUGAUGAGCUAGAUGAUGACGAUCUUGAUUUGAUCGAUGAAAAUCUUGAUAGAAGGCAAGCUCGUGAGAGCAACCGAGUCGAACUCGCCGAUUCUGAUGAGGACGAUCAACAACGAAUUGGUCGGAACUUGUUUGAUAAUGGGCGAGAUUCGGAUGAUGAAGCUUCAGAACGCGGAGGAGCUCGGCGACGAGGCUCCGGUGAUGAAUAUUCAGAUUCUGAGCGGAGCGAGGACAAUUUCAUCGAAGAUGAUGGUGAUGGACCGAAAAGACACAAAAGGCAUCGUCACCGACGAGAUGAAAAUAUUCCGGAAGGCGCCGCCGAUGAUGCUCGCGAUAUUUUCGGAGUUGAAGAUUUUAAUUUCGAUGAAUUUUAUGAAGAUGAUGACGUCGAAGACGGCAUAGAUGAAGAAGAAGAAGAGGAAAUUAUAGAAGAUGAUGGAGAAGGAGGAGAAAUUAAGAUUCGACGAAGUCGAUCCCAAUUCAAAAAGCAAACGUUGCUUGAAUCUAUUGAGCCGAGUGAAUUAGAUAAAGGAUUUUUGGGAGCUGCGGAUAAAAAAAUUAUGAUGGAAGACGCUCCGGAAAGGUUCCAACUUCGACGAACUCCAGUUACGGAAUGUGACGACGAUGAGCUCGACAGAGAGGCUAAAUGGAUCUUCAAAUAUGCAUUUGACACAAGAACAGUGUCGGAUCAAGUGAUUGCAAAGGAAAAUGACAAGCUCGAAGGAUUGAGUGGAGAAAUUGGUGAAGAAGCCGACAUGAAGAAGGAGGAGAUUAUAAGUUCAAUUCGAGAAGUCCUUCGAUUCAUUCGCGUCAAAAACAACUCAUUCGAAGUUCCGUUUAUCGCAUUUUAUCGUAAAGAAUGUAUCGAUCAACGAUUGAACAUGAAUAAUUUGUGGACGGUUUACGAUUUCGAUGAAAAGUGGUGCCAUAUGAACGAUAAGAAGAACAAGCUUACAAAUUUGUUUGAGCGAAUGAAAUUUUAUCAAGAGAAUAGCGAUGAUGUGAUGGCUGCGAGAAGACCGAUCACAGAGACAGAUAUCAUCGACAUCAAGUUCAUCGAAACUUUUGAGCAAUUGACCGACGUGCACGCCAAUUUUCAACUUUUAUACGGUGGAAGUCUCGAAGCGAUGACUAAUUGGGAGAAAAUGAAUAAGUCUGAAGAAGAUGGAGAGGAAGAGGAAUAUAAGGUGAAAUUUCGUGCUAGUAUUCGUAACGACAAAUACAAAAUGUGCGUCGAAAAUGGAAUCGGCGAACUCGCUGGAAGAUUCGGCUUGACAGCGAAGCAGUUUGCCGAGAAUCUCGAUUGGAAAAAGCACGAAGUGGAACAGGACGAGGAAUUGCCGCUCGAUGCUGCCGAAGCGUAUAUAUGUUCGUCAUUUCCGGAUAGAGAAAUGGUUUUGAACGGAGCCAAAUUCAUGCUCGCCAAGGAGAUUAGCCGUCAACCAAUGGUUCGAGAAAAAGUUCGUCGCGAAACCCGAAAUACGGCAAAAAUAUACGUGAGGCCGACAAAGAAAGGAAGGGAUACUCUCGAUGAUUCACAUCCAAUGUAUUACAAAAGGUAUAUUCGAGAGAAACCAGUUAGCAAUCUGAAAGAUGACGAAUUCUUGUGGUAUCAUAAAAUGAAGGAAGAAGGAUUAAUUGAUUUGAUGCUGACUUGUGAUACCGAUGAGGAUAAGGUCCAAGGAAACACAUUAGCCGAUCGACUUCUUGUGGAUCAACCGUUUCAUAGAGACGAAUACACUCAAUUGGUUGAAGAAUGGAAUGCAGUGAGGAACGAAUGCGUGAGAAUGGCAAUUACUGAAAUGUUGGUCCCGUAUAUGAUUGAUGAACUCUACAGUACACUGCUUGAUGAAGCCAAAUCAAGCGUUGUCCAGAGUUGCCGAAUUGCUCUAGCCAGUCGUAUUAAACAUGCUGGUUUUGUUCCACAAAAAAUUGAUGAUGAUGAUGAAGACGAGGAAGAAAUGGAUCAUCACGGAUCAAAAAGGAUCAUGGCUAUUGCAUAUCCGCCAGGAAAAGAUGAAGCCACCUUUGGUGUGAUGGUUGAUGAAAAUGGCGUUGUUGUUGAUUAUUUACGAAUGGUUCAUUUCACAAAGAGAUCGUUUGCGAAUGGUCCGACUCGCGAACUCAAAAAGGAAUCGAUGGAUUUGUUCAAAAAAUUUGUUCAGCGGCGAAGGCCUCACGUCAUUGGACUCAAUAUUGAGGAUAUUGAGUGCCAGCGAUUAAAACGAGACAUCGAAGAAGCGCUUCAGGAAAUUCAAAGCGAAGGCCUUAUAUCACGUAUACCUCCCGUUGUUCUUAUGGAUACCGAAGUUGCCAAGGUAUACAUGAAAUCGAAUUCGGCACUCAGCGAGCAUCCCGAUUACCCACACAUUUUGCGACAAGCAGUCUCGAUGGCCAGAUGCCUUCUUGAUCCGAUUCCCGAGUAUACCCAUUUGUGGAAUUCCGACGACGACUUUUUCUGUUUGUCGUUCCAUCCGUUACAGCGUGAUAUUGAGCAGGAAUUGUUGGCGAACGGUCUUUUGCACGAAAUAAUGAACAAAGUGAAUGAGGUUGGAGUCGACGUCAACAAAUGUGUCGAAUUCCCUCAUCACACAAAUCAACUACAAUUUGUGUGCGGACUUGGACCAAGAAAAGCUGCUUCAUUGCUCAAAUAUAUCAAAUUGAACGAUAAUUUAAUUGAAAGCCGCACAAAACUUGUGACAACGUGCAAACUCGGUCCAAAAGUUUUUAUGAACUGUGCUGGAUUCAUUCGAAUCGACACCGAAAAAGUGUCCGAGCGAACUGAUGCGUAUGUGGAAGUUCUCGACGGAUCUCGAGUUCAUCCAGAGACUUACGAAUGGGCGCGUAAGAUGGCUGUCGAUGCUCUUGAAGUCGACGAUUCUGCGGAUCCGACAACUGCUUUGAUGGAAAUUAUGGAAUCCCCUGAUAGACUAAAGGAUCUUGAUUUGGAUGCUUUUGCUGAGGAAUUGAAUCGACAAGGAUUCGGUGAAAAGAAAGCGACUCUCUAUGAUAUCGCAAGCGAAUUGACAACGAGAUAUAAGGAUUUGCGAGAUCCGUUCGAGGAAUUGUCCAACGAAAUGUUGUUUGAUCUGAUAAAUAAGAGUGGUAAAGAGAUUCAUGAAGGGCAGAGAGUGCUUGGAACCGUGCAAGCCGUCCAGUACAAGAAAAUCGACAUAAGCCAAAAUGAGAGACUUCCCGAGACUGAUUCGAAUGGAAUGUUCAGAUGUGCUUAUUGCAAGCAGUUCUCGGCUGAAGAUCCUGGAACUAUUCAAGAACACAUUUCAUCACAGGAUCGUCGAACAGGAUGCCCAGGAACACCAGUUGGAAUCAAAGUGCGACUUGACAAUGGUUUGACCGGUUUCUGUCCGAAUAAAAAUAUCUCCAAGGAUCAUAUCGACGAUCCACUCACUCGUGUUAAGCUAAAUCAACCGUAUUGGUUCCGAGUUAUUAAUGUGAACAAAGAGAGAUUUUCGUAUAUUUUAAGCUGCAGAUCGUCUGAUUUACAAACGAAUUCGAAUAUAAUGGACGAUUACUUUGAUGCGGAUAUGGCGGCUUACGACGAACAAGAAGCAAUUAGUGAAAAGAUGAGGAAAAAUGAAGCAAAUACUCGAGUUAAACGAGUUAUUUCUCAUCCAAAUUUCCAUAAUAUCUCAUAUGAAGAAGCCGUCAAAAUGCUCGAUUCAAUGGAUUGGACUGAAUGCAUAAUUCGACCAUCCUCGAACAAGGAUUCUAGUUUGUCCGUUACAUGGAAGAUUGCGAAUAAUAUUUAUCACAAUUUUUUCGUGAAAGAAUCCGCUAAAGAUCAAAUUUUCUCGAUUGGAAAACAACUAACUGUUGGUGACGAAGAAUUUGAAGAUCUCAACGAGCUGAUCGCUCGAUUUGUACAACCGAUGAUUCAAAUUUCACACGAAAUAACAUCUCAUAAGUAUUUCUUUAACAACGAACCAAGUGAAAAUAUCCCAGCUGUUGAAGAAUUCGUGCGGAUGAAGCGACAUGAAUUAGGCAGAAAUGCGUAUGUAUUCAGCGCCUCUCAAAAAAGGCCCUGCCAAUUUUGCAUUUCGUAUCAAUUCGAUAACACUGGCCGAAUUCGACACGAAUACUUUACUAUCCAUCCACGAGGAAUUCGGUUCCGUCAUCAAAAUUUUGAUUCUCUUGAUCAUAUGAUGGUCUGGUUUAAAAAACACUUCAAUGAGCGGCCGAUUGAUCAAAUGAGACGCGGAUAUCCGACUAGUGCUUCUCAUAUUCUUCACACUGGACAUCAUUCGCAACAUACUUACGCGCGACCUGCCAAACACGGAAAUGUGCAAUCGAUGAUCUCAGCGGACGACGUUUUUGCAAAAAGAUCGACGAAAAUCGAAGAAAUUGUACUCGAUGACGAUUCCGACGAAGAAUUUGUACGAACGAAACCAAAAUCUAUUGUCAAAUGCGAAAUGUGCCAUAAAGAUAUGAGCUCGUGGAGCAAAAUACGAAGAGAAUCACAUAGAAUUGAUUGUAAAAAGAAGACGGAAUUGAGAAACUCGAAGAAAAUCAAUGUGGAUUUGGAAGUGAAAGAAGAAGAUGCGAAAAAAUGGAUGACAACCGAUGACAUCAAAUAUUCAGCAAUCGAGAAUUGUGAAGAAGCGAAUCGGAAAAGGAAAAGACCAAGAUCGUAUGCAGUUGUCGAAUUGGCACCAAGAGAAUGUCAAUGUGAAGUGCUCACAACUCUUCACAAACGCUUUUUAGACAAUUUUGCCGUUCGCAAAUCGUCGAAGUCUUCGCAAAUCUCUGAAAAUUUGUCUGAAAACGCAUUUCAAUUGAAAUCAUUGAUUGAUAAGGUUGCUCGCUUUGAACAAUUAUCGAUUGAUAUGCGCAAAUUAAUGGAAGAUGGCGAGACAUGCGAUGAAUCACCGAUUUUGCUGAAGUGUUUAGAUGGCGAAAUGAAAUGUCGACGAAAUGUUCUCAAACAUCGAACGACGCUUUUUAAUCGAAAUAAUCUCCAUGAAAAAAUGUUCGAAAUUCAGCACAAGAAAGAAGUUGUUCGGCAUUGGCUAGCCUACGUGUUUUGUGCGCAAAUUGAAUGGGAUGGUUCGCAAAAAGAUGAAAUAUUUGAUUUGGCGGAAAAAUAUGGGCCCGCUGAUUUACCGAAACGACUUAUCGAGAAGGAAAUGGAGAAAAAAUCGCUGCGAGAAAUUGACAAACAAAUCUUUCAACAGGUUGUGCCUGAGAAUGGCCCGGAACCUGUCGAUGUUGAUCCUUUCGACAAUGAUGAUCCGUUGUGUGGUUUCGGAAUGAAUUCCAACUUAUCUUUUGCCAAUGAUAGCUUCUGCACCCCAAUGAAUAUAAGGAGGCGAUCAAGUGCUGUUAAAACUGACGAAAAGAAUAUCGAUUCGUUCGUCACUUCUAAUAUACGCGAACGUGAAUCGGAGCCGCUUGAAUCUGAAAAUUUAGAUGGACCAGUAACUGAAGUUUUGCAGUCUACAUCGUUUGUGCUGCCCGAAGAUUCGUUCGAUAAUUGGCAGCCACCUGUCUACGAGCAAAUUUGCUCAAAUUCCGUCAUUGAAUCGAUAGGAGAUGACGAUAUUAUUGCUGAUAAUGAUGUUCCGAAAACACCACAAAAUAUUCAAAACAUUGAAAAACUGGCAUUUGGUUCGAACGUGAAGAUUCUGAAAACCGAUGAAAUCACACCGAUGCCAAAUUAUGAUUCGAUGGAUGAGAAUGAGCUGAAAGAGCAGGUUAAAGCGAUUGGACAGAGACCGCGUGGACGCAAAAAGAUGAUUGAGAUUCUGAAAAAAGCAUACGAGACACUUCAUCCAGUAAUCAAUCCCUAUACUCCUACAAUUCGGCCAAUUCAACACAUUGAGAAAUCAAAACCCGAGGAAGUUCCGAAAAAGAGAAUUAAACCAUCACUUGCUGCUAGAUUUUCUCCGCAGAAACCCGCAAAUAAUUCGAUCGAAGACAUUGAAGAUGACGCUGAUAAAACACUCAAUAUGUCCGAUGAAGUGGUUCUGAUGGAAGAUGGAAUCGCGGAGGAAGAAGAAUUAACACAAACAUGUGUCAAUUCUAAACAUGACAUCGAAGGAAUGCGCAAAGCAUUUGUGGAAUGGAUCAAAUUGCCCGAAAAUGUUGAACUUUACAAUCAUGUCUUGUCGCUUCAUCCCGUCUCACUGGAAGAAAUGCUUGCGCGUCUUGGUAAAGCUGAUGGACCAGUCUCAAUUAUUGGAAAGGCAAAACUUGCGACAAUCUUAGACUCUCUAUCGAUAACGUUUCAACUACCUCAGAAGGGCGGCGCUCGCCGGGCUGGAGGAGCGGCACCUAAAUUUUCACGUCGAAAGUGCUAA